AUGGCUGUGGCCGCACAAGGCGGAAUCUCGGACCCUGGUCUUAUAACACUGGUGAACAAGCUCCAGGAUGUCUUCACAACCGUCGGAGUACAGAACCCUAUCGACCUACCCCAGAUAGUAGUUGUGGGCAGUCAGUCCAGUGGAAAGAGUUCGGUGCUGGAGAACAUAGUAGGACGAGACUUUUUACCUCGAGGAACCGGCAUCGUAACUCGCAGACCGCUUGUCCUGCAACUGAUCAACCGACAGCCCGCGGGCGCGAAUGGGGUCAAGCAUGAGGAUAUCACUGCAGAUGGCGAUAAGGAAGCCAACGUCGACGAGUGGGGCGAGUUUCUGCAUAUUCCUGGCCAGAAGUUCUUCGAUUUCAAUAAGAUCAGAGACGAGAUUGUUAAGGAGACGGAGGCAAAGACUGGCCGCAAUGGAGGCAUCUCACCUGCGCCCAUCAACCUGCGAAUCUACUCGCCCAACGUUCUCACACUUACCCUCGUCGAUUUGCCCGGUCUCACAAAAGUCCCAGUCGGCGAUCAGCCACGGGAUAUUGAGAGACAGAUCAAGGAGAUGGUGCUGAAGCAGAUCGGCAAGCCAAAUGCCAUUAUCUUGGCUGUCACAGGAGCAAACACAGAUUUGGCCAACUCGGAUGGUCUGAAGCUCGCACGCGAAGUCGAUCCUGAAGGUCAAAGAACGAUCGGUGUUCUCACGAAGGUCGACUUGAUGGACGACGGCACCGACGUAGUAGAUAUUCUGGCGGGACGAAUCAUUCCUUUGAGAUUGGGAUACGUGCCAGUAGUCAACAGAGGACAGAGGGAUAUCGACAACAAGAAGGCCAUUACAGCUGCGCUGGAAAACGAAAAGAAUUUCUUCGAGAACCACAAGGCAUACCGAAAUAAGAGCUCUUACUGCGGAACACCAUACCUGGCCAGAAAGCUCAACCUCAUCUUGAUGAUGCACAUCAAGCAAACCCUCCCAGAUAUCAAAGCCCGUAUCUCCGCAUCCUUGCAAAAAUACACCACUGAACUUUCAGGCUUGGGUGACUCGAUUUUGGGUAAUAGUGCAAACAUCGUCCUCAAUAUCAUCACGGAAUUCUCAAAUGAGUGGAGAACAGUCCUGGAGGGCAAUAACACCGAGUUGUCGAGUGUGGAGCUGUCUGGUGGAGCCAGAAUCAGUUUCGUUUUCCACGAGCUGUACGCGAACGGUGUGAAGGCUGUUGACCCGUUCGAUCAAGUCAAGGAUAUCGAUAUCAGAACUAUUCUGUACAACUCUUCCGGAUCUUCGCCCGCUCUGUUUGUCGGUACUACUGCUUUCGAACUUAUUGUUAAGCAACAAAUCAAACGUUUGGAAGAGCCGAGUCUGAAGUGUGUUUCUUUGGUCUACGACGAGCUUGUUCGCAUUCUUACUCAGUUACUUGGCAAGCAACUUUUCCGAAGAUACCCAGGGCUGAAGGAGAAGUUCCAUCAAGUCGUCAUUGCAUUUUUCAAGAAAGUCAUGGACCCGACCAAUAAGCUGGUGAAAGAUUUGGUAGCGAUGGAAGCUUGCUACAUCAACACCGGACAUCCAGAUUUCUUGAACGGUCACAGAGCUAUGGCUCUUGUCAAUGAGAAGCACAGUGCGUCAAAGCCCGUCCAGGUUGACCCCAAGACUGGCAAGGCAAUUCCUCAGUCAGCAACGCCAAUACGAUCAGCUAGCCCAACCAUGGGUAUCGGCGGGGAUGAUGCGAACGGUGGAUUCUUUGGAAGUUUCUUCGCCUCCAAGAACAAAAAGAAAAUGGCAGCCAUGGAAGCCCCACCGCCAACACUCAGGGCAUCCGGGACCUUAUCUGAAAGAGAAGGCAUUGAGGUAGAGGUUAUCAAACUUCUCAUCAAUUCUUACUAUAAUAUCGUGAGAAGAACAAUGAUCGAUAUGGUUCCAAAGGCAAUCAUGCUCAACCUUGUGCAGUACACAAAGGAAGAAAUGCAGAGAGAACUCCUCGAGAACAUGUACCGCACUGAUACACUGGACGAGCUGCUCAAGGAGAGUGACUACACUGUGCGCCGGAGGAAAGAGUGUCAGCAAAUGGUCGAGUCUCUAUCACGUGCCAACGAGAUUGUCAGCCAAGUCCAAUAG